ACAUGUACCCUUACCGAAAUAAACCCAUAAUUUUCUCCACGACUUCGCUCCCUCACCCAUUUCACUUCUUCUCUCAAAACCCAGCAUCUUCCAUCAAGGAACAAUCAAAAUUCUCAAACUCUUCCACGUGAAAAGUAAUCAGAUUUGGAUGGCAUCGUCUACUUUAAUUUGCGAUAGUGAACCCUGGAAGGAGUUGAGAGUUCAUGUUGAGGAUAUUAAAAAGACUCAUUUGCGUGAUUUGAUGAAUGACACUAGUCGAUGCCAUUCAAUGAUGAUGGAGUUUGAUGGGAUCCUGCUGGAUUACUCGAGACAACGAGCAACUACUGGAACCUUGAAUAAGCUCUUCAAUUUAGCUGAGGCAGCCCGUGUCAAGGAGAAGAUUAAUCGGAUGUUCAAUGGAGAGCGUAUAAACAGUACAGAAAACAGAUCCGUUCUUCAUGUUGCACUGCGAGCUCCGAGGGAUGCUGUUAUAAAUAGUGAUGGGAAGAAUGUUGUACCUGAGGUUUGGCAAGUUCUUGAUAAGAUCCGAGACUUCUCUGAGAGGGUUCGCAGUGGUGCCUGGGUUGGAGCCACAGGAAAAGCUUUGAAAGAUGUUGUAGCUAUUGGUAUAGGUGGCAGUUUCUUAGGCCCUUUGUUUGUACACACAGCACUUCAAACAGAAGCGGAGGCUAUUGAGUGUGCAAGAGGGCGACAACUGCGAUUUCUCGCAAAUGUUGAUCCAAUUGAUGUAGCCAGAAAUAUAACAGGCUUGAACCCUGAAACAACUCUAGUUGUGGUGGUCUCAAAGACUUUUACUACCGCCGAGACAAUGCUAAAUGCCCGUACACUGAGGGAAUGGAUCUCCUCUGCAUUGGGACCUCAGGCAGUUGCAAAGCAUAUGGUUGCAGUUAGUACCAAUCUUAAGCUAGUAGAACAGUUUGGCAUUGAUCCCAAUAAUGCAUUUGCUUUCUGGGACUGGGUAGGAGGUCGAUAUAGUGUCUGCAGUGCAGUUGGAGUGUUGCCUCUUUCUCUGCAAUAUGGAUUUCCCAUUGUUGAGAAAUUUCUGAAGGGAGCUUCCAGUGUUGAUCAGCAUUUCUACUCAGCACCCUUUGAGAAAAAUGUACCUGUGCUAUUAGGCUUGCUGAGUGUGUGGAAUGUUUCUUUCCUUGGAUAUUCAGCACGAGCAAUAUUACCCUAUUCUCAAGCACUGGAGAAAUUCGCACCUCAUAUUCAACAGGUCAGUAUGGAGAGUAAUGGGAAAGGAGUAUCUAUUGAUGGUGUCCCUCUUCCUUAUGAGACUGGUGAAAUUGAUUUUGGUGAACCAGGGACAAAUGGCCAACACAGCUUUUACCAAUUAAUUCACCAGGGUCGUGUUAUUCCUUGUGAUUUUAUUGGUGUUGUUAAGAGUCAGCAACCUGUUUACCUGAAAGAUGAAGUGGUGAGCAACCAUGAUGAGCUCAUGUCAAACUUCUUUGCGCAGCCAGAUGCCCUUGCUUAUGGGAAGACACCAGAGCAGUUGCGAAAGGAGAACGUCGCCGAGUAUCUUGUUUCUCAUAAGACGUUUUCUGGAAAUAGACCUUCUCUAAGUAUACUACUUCCAUCAUUGAAUGCUUACAACAUUGGACAGUUACUGGCCAUCUAUGAACACAGAGUUGCAGUUCAAGGCUUUGUAUGGGGUAUCAAUUCUUUUGAUCAAUGGGGUGUGGAACUAGGAAAGUCUCUUGCGAGUCAAGUCAGAAAGCAACUUCAUGCAUCUCGUAAGAAAGGGGAAUCAGUUGAAGGCUUCAACUUCAGCACCAAAACGUUGAUAACAACAUAUCUCGAGGCAAGUGCUGAUGUUCCUUCUGAUCCUUCAACUCUUCUACCAAAGAUUUGAAUGUUAAGAAUUGGGUUCAAUGGCCAUGUUUAACGGAGGCCUCGACAACUUUGCCACCAAGCAAAAAUAAACUAAUGCAAACUUAACCCAAUUUUUAAGUCACGACUCACAUCCAAGUUUUGGUGUUGUAUGGCCACUAAUCUUGGCAAAUAUAUUGCUGCAGUUCUAUCAAUAAAAUUUGAAUUUUGGUUGUGCA